CGUCUAGUUUAUGAGACCAGUCUGCGCUGCCGAGCAUGUGGGGGUGUGCGGGUUUUGACAGCUACUUCAACUAGCUAGUCCAGUGUGGGAGAACUCAGGAGACAACUUUCUGUGCGUGUCGUCUCGAAUAUCAGCAAUGGCCCUGUUGAAAUCUAGCAAGAUCAUUUCUACCGUCGGACUUCACCCUCCAUUGGGUAUCCUCUCCAAUCGUGCCAGCUCAUGGUGGUCUGAGGUGCAGAUGGGUCCCCCUGACCCCAUCCUGGGGGUGUCGGAGGCCUACAAGCGGGACACCAACCCCAAGAAGAUUAACCUGGGUGUAGGAGCAUACCGUGAUGACCAGGGAAAGCCAUAUGUCCUCAGCUGUGUUCGCAAGGCUGAAGCUCAGAUUGCUGCAAAGAAGCUGGACAAAGAAUACCUGGCUAUUGGCGGUCUGGGGGACUUUACCAAGGCAUGCGCCAAGCUGGCUUUGGGUGACGACAAUGAGGUUAUCAAGAGUGGCAGGAACAUCACUGUCCAAACUAUUUCUGGAACUGGGUCUUUGAGAAUCGGAGCCAACUUCCUGUCCCGUUUCCAUACAGAAGCCAGGGACGUGUACCUGCCCAAACCCUCCUGGGGGAACCAUACACCCAUCUUCAGAGACGCUGGGAUGCAACUGAAGGCAUACACCUACUAUGACCCAAAGACCUGUGGCUUUGACUUCCAGGGAGCCCUGAAUGACAUCUCUAAAAUCCCUGAGAAGAGUGUCAUAAUGCUUCAUGCCUGUGCCCACAACCCCACAGGAGUGGACCCUCGGCCAGAGCAGUGGAAGGAGAUUGCUGACCUAGUGAAGAAAAGGAACCUCCUGGUGUUCUUUGACAUGGCCUACCAGGGCUUUGCCAGUGGUGAUAUUGACCGUGAUGCCUGGGCUGUGCGUUAUUUCAUUGAACAAGGCCACAACAUUGUGCUUUCUCAGUCUUUUGCUAAGAACAUGGGUCUCUAUGGUGAGCGUGUUGGGGGCUUCACUGUUGUGUGUAAGGAUGCUGAGGAGGCCAAGCGUGUGGAGUCCCAGCUGAAGAUCCUCAUUCGGCCCAUCUACUCCAACCCUCCCAUGAAUGGGGCACGCAUUGCUGCCAGCAUCCUCAAUACACCAGACUUGUACAAGGAGUGGCUUGGGGAGGUGCAUGGUAUGGCCAACCGCAUCAUCACAAUGAGGGAGCUACUGGUGGCCAACCUGAAGAAGGAGGGCUCCACUCGGAACUGGAAGCACGUCAUUGACCAGAUUGGCAUGUUCUGCUUUACAGGGCUGAAGCCUGAACAGGUGGAGCGACUUACGAAGGAGUUCUCCAUCUACAUGACGAAGGAUGGGCGUAUCUCCAUGGCUGGUGUCACCUCUGGCAACGUGGGUUACCUUGCACAAGGUAUCCAUGCAGUGACCAAGUGAGAUGGUCGACCAGGAGUCACACACCAUAGUCACCAUCAGGACAGAGGGUCGGUAGAGUCAGACGAAAAAUACGUCCAUAUGAAAAUUAACACUCUCCUCAGCUUUCCUUUAGGGAAAUACUCAAGUAAAGAUACCAUAGGGUUAUUUCUGUUGUCAUUUUCUGUUGGCAUUGUCUAGAUAUUGUAUGUUGUACUAUCUAACUAGGCUUUUAAUUGUGAGUCCCCUGGGGGGGGGAAUCAAGGAACUCUUGAAUCUUUUUGAUCACCCCUCAGACAUCAAAAUAUCUUAUAGAUCACACUUCCCA